UAUGGCUUCACUCGCCAUCAUUGAUCCACCACGAACCCCCGACGACACAUUUAUCUCUCCUUGAACUCCCUCAGACCCUCUAUCUACGAUACCUACGACUCCGAGCCUCGCGCGCUCGUCCCAUGGCCGCAAUGGCGGUCCAGAACCCCCCGGUGCCAGAGGAGAAGCUCGGUGUUCCCUCUCGCAACCCUCUACCUCUAUCUGCAUCACAAGAAGCACAAGUCCGAGAUAUAUUCUACCAAAAAGUCCGAAAAGAAUGCGCCGACGAGAUCAAAGGCACGUCCCCUCAAUCACCUCUACCUCAACCACCAACUUCACCCCCAAACUACAACUUCAACAUCAGGCCACUGACAACCUCCAGCAUUCGCCGCAUGCGCCCUCGGCCGCACAUUCACCGUCUCCUUCGCCUGCCGCGCCGAACACCGCUCCAUGAACAGCUGCAUGAAGCUGCACGCCACACAAUCCGCACACGACGAGGCACGCGAGGAGUGGUUCGCCCUACGAAUGGAGCGCCAGCGCGAACGCGAGCGAAAAGCCAGAGUAGCACAGGCCCAGGAGGAGUUUAUGCGGGAGUGGUGGGGAUUGCCCGAGCACGUACGGCUGUCGAGGCAGAAGGAGAUGGAGCAGAGGGGGGAGAGGAUACAUGGACUUACGGCGAAGGAUAGGCCGAGGGGCGGGGGACAAUGAUAAUGAAUUGUUGCAUCUGUGGCGUUUUGGGGUAUUACGUUGGGGGGAAUGUAAGAAUAAAAGGUGAUGUGAUGUGAGGAUAGGGCAGUGUACCACUAUGAUCAGGAUCAAUGCCGAGAUGGCAUGGAAGAGUCAGUUCAACUCGAUAAGCAUAUGCAACCGUUGAGUCCGACAGGGUGAAGACCAACGCCGAGAAUGUUUAAGAGCAUGCAUCGAUGCUUGUCAACUGAUACCCAAACAGCCUCAUGCCCAAGAUCGUCAUGGAGACUACUCAACCCAGCCGACAAUUGUGACGAUUGCCGCCAGGCGUGCUUAUCAAACAUUCAUCAGCAUCUGUUUCUCCCCCAAACACAAACAGAGUCUUCAGAGGUGGAAUCGGCAGUUCAUGUAUGUAACUGUAACAAAGGGUUGCGUGCAUCAAGCGGUGAACCUCGAUGUUUCAAGGCCACAGACGGUCAAACGGAAAUAUGUCCUGUAUCCUAGGGAAUAAAAGACCCAGAUAAGUGUAGUAUAUCUUAGUAGGGAUCUCGACCAGGUUAUUUUGGCGAUGUCUACCUCCAGCCCUUCCACUAUUCCCAGAUCCAUGAUCCCUCACAUCAUUUUCAUAGGCCCAAUCGCUCCUCAGCUCAUUACCGAC